AUGGCUGCGACUCUCGCAAAACACCGUGACACCCCUCCAUUCACCGAUCACAAAGAUCUACACAACGUCAUUGAUGCGACACAACUUGGUGACGUCCCCUGGCAAUGUUUCUCGGUUCAAUACACAGGAGAACACCCUGAGGUUGUCCCACCGUGGAUGGAUGAUGAAUUUGAGGUCUGGUAUAGGGACCCCCGUGAGAUGGCGCACAACAUAUUGGCCAACCCUACCUACAAGGAUGAAAUUGACUAUGUGCCAUUUCGUGAGUAUAAUGCAUUGGACGACAUGCGCCGAUGGAAAGACUUUAUGUCUGGAGAUUGGGCAUGGCAUCAGGCGGACACCAUAUCAAAAGAUCCAGAAACCCGUGGAUCUACUUUAGUCCCAAUCAUUCUCAGUAGUGACAAGACUACUGUCUCCGUUGGCACUGGUAACAACGAAUACUAUCCACUCUAUGCCUCGAUUGGUAACGUACACAACAAUGUGCAGUGUGCUCACCGAGAUGCUCUUGUUAUCAUCGGUUUCCUCGCUAUACCCAAAACUGACAAGAAGUAUGCUAAAGAUGACAUGUUUCGGAUAUUUCAUCGUCAGCUAUUCCACAGCUCACUAUCCACAAUUCUCUCCAGCCUGAAACCUGCGAUGACUGAGUAUGAGGUUGUGCACUGUGGAGACGAACAACUGGUGUUAUCCUGCAUUGUUAAAUGUUGGUGCCCAAAUGGUGGUGCAUACCGCUGUCGCGAGCAUACCGAUUUCAUGGUCAAUGAACUACACGGGGAUAUAUUGUGGGAUGAAUAUGGUAUCAUUGGCGAUCUCAUUCUAAUAAAAGGUGCUUUCAAAGAUCAUCUCAUCGACUGGGUAGCAAAGUACCUCAAGGCUGUGCAUGGUACCAGAAGGGCGGACGAGAUCAUGACCAACAUAGAUUACAGAGUUGCUGCUGUAGCAUCAUUCUCAGGUUUACGACAAUUUCCUCAAGGCCGUGACUUCAAACAGUGGACAGGCGAUGAUUCAAAAGCACUCAUGAAGGUCUUUCUUCCGGCUAUCGAAGGCCAUGUACCUGAAGACAUGGUGCAUAUUCAAGACGCGCUUCAUUGUUUUCAUUGCUAUCGCAAGAUAUUUGAUGUUGUUGUUCCUACCUUCUCGCUCCCCCACCAGCACUUGAUGACUCAUUACACAGACAUGAUACAACUCUUCGGUGCCCCAAAUGGCCUAUGUUCUUCAAUCACAGAAUCAAAACAUAUCAAGGCAGUAAAGGAGCCCUGGCGGUGGUCGAGCAAGCACAAUGCUCUUGGUCAGAUGCUUGUGACCAAUCAACACCUUGACAAGCUCGCAGCAUCACAAGUGGACUUCGAUGCGCGAGGGAUGCUGACUGGUACUGUUUUAUCAAUAGCAGCAUUGGCACUUGAAGUCGCUGUUCCGGAUCUGCAACGUCUCAUUCGACACUUUCUGUUCUCUCAGCUCUACCCCAAUGAUCCUCGUGACCUCGAAGAUGUACCAGCCACUAGCUGCCCUAGACAUGAAGGCAAGCUCCAGGUCUUCAAUUCGGCUGCUGCAACAUUCUAUGCUCCCAGCGAUCCAAGUGGCAUUGGCGGCAUGCGACGCGAACACGUCCGUGCAUGCCCACUCUGGAGGAACGAGUACCCACGCAAUGAUUGUGUGUUCAUCAACACUGAUUCAAAUGCUGAAGGAAUGCGAGGACUCGAAAUUGCGAGAGUGAUAUGUUUCUUUUCUUUCAAACACGACUGGGAAGUAUACUCAUGUGUUCUCAUCCAAUGGUUCGACAAGAUUGGUGAUUGUGCCGAUGAAGACACUGGCAUGUGGAUGGUCCGUCCAAGUCUUCAUGAGGAUGGCUCCCGGAACCUCGCUGUCAUUCAUAUUGAGACGGUCUACUGUGCAGCACACCUGAUACCUGUCUACAGCUCUGAGUAUAUCCCUCACUCCCUCAAGUUCUAUCAUUCCUAUGAUUCUUUCCGUUCAUUUUAUGUCAACAAAUACGCUGAUCACCAUGCCUUUGAGAUAGUGUCCUGA